GAAAGAUUCCUUUUUCUCUUUCGCACUUUCCCAAACGGACACCGCAAGCGAAAAUGGUUAUCAUCGGAUCGUAGCUGUGUUGCCCAGGAAACCCCAUCUCCAAGUAAAUAGGUGCAUGGAUUAUUCACAUGUUUGAAGUAACACAAUCAAAUUAUUUGGGGUUAAGGGUCGUUGAAAUUAAAUAUACAAGUGUGAGGCAAAUUUUAAAGUAUUCAAUUUGUGUAUUACUGGUAUAUGAAUGAGUUGCGAAUGGUUUUUGAUCUUUAUAUUGAUGCCUGUCGUUCCCAAAACCCAUCUCCUUUUAUUUCUGUAACAGACUACUUCUGAGGGUUCAUUGGUAAGAAAUUAAGUUGUUUGAGGUGGAACUUUAAGAUCCUUUUCCAAUGGUGGACUCGAACCGAAGAAGCUCAGCAAAUUGUGAUGGUCAGGUAACCAAGGGAGCAGUUGAUUUUCCAAAGGAGAUAAUCUCCGAUAUUUUGUCUAGACUUCCAAUAGAGUCGAUCUUCACAUGCAAAAUUGUUUGCAAGACAUGGUGCGACAUAAUUCGAGAUUCUUAUUUUGUCAAUAAACUCUGUAAUUCCCAUUACCAUCCAACCCGACUCAUUCUCAAACCGCUGCGUGGGAGAGUCACUAGUGAUACUUCAAGUCAUCUUCUGUUAGUGGACAUUGAAGAACAAAAAACUAGGCGCAUCCCUGUUGAUAAAAUGCUCUUGGGCCUUCGGAUCAUGUGCAUCUGUAAUGGUUUGCUUUGCUUGGCUUUGGGUAAUAAGAUAGAUCCCGUGGUUAUCUACAAUCCUAUAACAAGAGAGCAUGUGGUUUUACCGUCCCCGGGCUCAAAACCUACAUUAUGCAAUCAUAAGGUCGGUUUAGGCUUCGAUCCCUCAAGCGGAAAGUACAAAGUUGUCCAGGCAUACACUUUGUACAGUAAUAACGGUAAAAUGACGAGGUUUGAGAUUAUUUCACUUGGGGAAAGUUCAUGGAGAGAGCUGAAUGCCCCUCAAGGCAUGCUUGAUUUGGCGGUAUUGGGGGUGGUGUUCUGGAAUGGGGCCCUUUACUGGAAAAUGAUAGAUGGUAUUGACAUUGACAUUGUUGAAUUCAAUUUAAGCGAUGAGAAGUUUCAUGCUAUCACUUUUCCGGAGAAUUUUUCCCAUUUCCAACCUCAAGCUCCUCUGCAGUUGAUGGAUUCGGGGGGCUUUUUAACUAUAGUAGAACGUUCUUCUGGACAGAUAAAAUUGUGGAGAUUAAUGAGAAACAAGAUUGGAGAAGACGCAUCUGUCUCUCUUCAACAGACCUAUGAUACGCACGUGAAUUGGGGUAAUGCUGUGUACUAUGAAAUAAUUGGUGAUUCAACCCACAACAGUUAUUUGUUGAAGGUGGGAUUUAGGAACAGCCAAUGCGAACGCUGUGAACACCUGACUCAGUUUUUUCCCCAGAAGAGACAGUACUCGCAUCUUGACAUCCCCAGCCUUCCAGAUCGCUUCUACACUGUCUGUUUCAAACCGAGCCUUGUCUCUCCAAUUGCAGCUUCACUCCGUUCCAAUUGACUUGUAAAUCUGUGAUGCUGGUCCUACAUUCUCUUUCCUUUAGUGAUGGUGUGUUUUGCAUUUUUGUUGUUGUUGUUGUUGUUUUUUUUUUUUUUAAUUCUGUUUUUAUAAUUGUUAUUAAAUAGUAAUAAACUAGAUUGUACAAAUAGAAUGGUUUGUUGUGGAUCCAUUUUUGUUGUCUGUUAAUUUUUUAUGUUUUUAUCUUCUUUUAGAACUCUUUUCCUUACGGAUAAUCUAGAAAGCAGAGUUUUUCUUUC